UAUUAAAAGAACUGUCUAAUAAAUAAAGAUAAUUAAACAAGAUAUACUUGGCAGUACGAGGUCUUGACUACUUAUUCAAUUUCCGGUAAAUCUGAAGCUCAUUACAAAACAUAUCCACAGAGAUCUAAACAGAAAGGACAUGGCAACUCUGUAUAUUAUUUACCUGGGAUUCAUCUUCAUCUUCUUGGCAUGUGUAGGUGAAGGCAUCAAUUGGAAAUCGACGAGAAAGCGUCAACGAUUGGAAGACAUGCAAGGGAGGUCAUCAAGGAAGGGCCAAGUGGAAGGCAUCCAAGGGAGGUCAUCAAGGAAGCGUCAACAAAUGGAAGGCGUCCAAGGGAAGUCAUCAAGAAAGCGUCAACAAGUGGAAGGCAUCCAAGGGAAGUCAUCAAGGAAGCGCCAACAAGUGGAAGGCAUCCAAGGGAAAUCAUCAAGGAAGAGCCCACAAAUGGAUUACAUCAAAGCGAGGAACAAAAGAUAUGUUGUAUCUACGUUAGACGUAAAGUGCAGGAAGUCACCAGGAUUUUCAGUUGAAAGAUUUUCCAAUUCAAAAAUGUGUCUUUUUUGGGCUACUAACGCCAAAAGCUUCCCAAGCGCCAAAGCAGAUUGCCAAGGUUUGUAAAAA